AUGCCAAUAGUAACCGCCACCACGAGCGUGGUUUUUGGCCUCAGCUUCCAGUUCCCGCUUUGUCCCGGCUCCCCGUUAGACUCUUGCUGUGAGAUCACCAUUGGCUUUUCACAAAAGUCAUUCAACCCUCUCAAUAACUCGGUUUCUUGGGCUGGUGAUAAAAUUGGAUACAGCAAGGCCAGGUUAUACUCUGGUUAUACUCUGGUUUGUCCCACUCCGUCACAAUGCCCUGACCCGUCAGGAUACUACAUCGAUAACGUCGCGCAUCUUCCUCACCCAUUAUGGAGUGGGGCAUUGAGAGUAGUCAUUGUUGAUGAGUCUUAA